AUCCUUUCCCUCGACAGUUUUCUUUUCUAGGGUUUCGGCGACCACGAAGAAACAGAGGAGUAGCCACUGCAGCCGCCGCCAUGGUGUUGAAGACCGAGCUUUGUCGUUUCAGUGGCGCUAAGAUAUAUCCCGGUAGAGGAAUCAGAUUUAUCCGUGCUGAUUCACAGGUUUUCCUGUUUGCAAAUUCCAAAUGUAAGAGGUACUUCCAUAACAAACUGAAGCCUUCUAAGCUCACCUGGACAGCCAUGUACAGGAAGCAACAUAAGAAGGAUAUUGCUCAAGAGGCUGUGAAGAAGAGGAGACGUACCACCAAGAAGCCCUACUCAAGGUCCAUAGUGGGUGCUACAUUGGAGGUUAUCCAGAAGAAGAGAGCUGAGAAGCCCGAGGUUCGUGAUGCUGCUAGAGAAGCAGCCCUCCGUGAAAUUAAGGAAAGAAUUAAGAAAACUAAGGAUGAAAAGAAGGCAAAGAAGGCAGAAGUGACGGCAAAAACACAGAAGACACAGAACAAGGCUAACGUUGGUAGGGGAGCUGCACCGAAGGGACCAAAGCUUGGUGGUGGCGGUGGCAAACGUUGAACUCUCCAUGCUGCAAGCUAGGAAGAGUAGUUGUGAGCUUUUAUGUUCUUUGAUUAUUUCCAAAAUUUUGUAUGGAUCAAUUAUUUUGGCACAUUUCUUCUUCCAGUUAUGUUCCAAAUAUCUGAGUUCUUCAUUUUUUCCUUUAAUUUACAUAAUUAUGAGUAACUUGAUUACUCAAAAGGGGAUUGGAA